AUGAAUGAAAUCAACUCUGUGUCCCAUUACUGUGGAGGGAUACUUAUAUCAAAUCAAUGGGUCUUAUCUGCGGCUCAUUGUCUCGAAGACUACAUUCCCGACAACUUUAUCGUCCGAUUGGGCGCUCAUUCAAUACAGACUGACUUUGAGGAGAAUGCCAUCGAUAUACCGGUCGAGGCAAUCAUUAUACACAACAACUACUCCUUUCCCCGACCCUAUGAUAAUGAUAUCGCACUCUUAAAGUCAGUCAAACAAAUUGUUUACGAUUUACAAAAUUUGUUGAAAUCUGACGAUCCAAACAAACAUGACAUACAAACGGCGCUUAUGAAUAGAUAUGAUUUCAUGUCUACGGAUGGCAUCCGAGUUAUGGGAACUGUUGUCGGCUGGGGAUGGCUUAAAGACAGCGAUAACAAUCAGGAGGAGAACCUGGGCGAUAUCCUACAGAAGGUAAAGGUGCCCAUUAUAUCCAACAAAGAGUGUCAAGAGUGGUAUAGAUCUCGAGGCAGAUCUCUGACUGUAAGCCCAACACAGUUUUGCGCCGGAUUUCUGGAAGGGGGCAGAGAUUCCUGUCGUGGCGAUUCCGGCGGUCCCCUCGUUGUGAGAGACGCAAAAGUUUAUCAUCUCAUUGGGAUCGUUAGCGCAGGCAUAGGGUGUGCUUUGCCUAAACUGCCCGGUCUUUACACUCGAGUCGACGCUUAUAUAAAUUGGAUGAAUAGAUAUGUGGAUCCGAUAUAA